UCCGAUGAGAGCAAUGCGUUAAGAGAUGAACGGUAGUCACAGUUCGACUGAGUAACCGAGUGUUCUUCUGAAUAUACGUCUUUGGAAGCAUAUUGCACGUACGAUAUCAAACAUAUACUCACAAUGUAAUCUUUGUUUGAUUUUGUUAAACAAAAUGAGGAACACACAGCAGGGCAGGGAGGAAAUCUCACGCACACUGAAGUAGCGUCUCUGUGGAAGCGGAUUGUUCCGCAAGUUUCAAUGCAUAAGAUGAGCAAAUGGAUUGUUCUGGCCGUCUGCCCGCUGAUCUGCCUCGGUGCCAAGUUCCUGGUGGUGCCUUCCACGGAGCUGGAGAGCCACCUGCUGGUGUUCGAAAGCAUUGCAAGUGCUCUGGAGAGCAAGGGCCAUAAGGUCAUUUUCGCUCUGAACAAAGGACAUGAGUGGGCCGGCAGUGACACCUUUAGGGUGCAGAUGUACGGGAGUGCCCCAGAGGGCCCUCGAUUCCUGCAAGAAAAACUAGGCUCCGUCUUAGCUGGCCACAAGGUUUCUCUGGAUCUCCGCAGCGUGGCUCGGCAAUCUGUGGCAAACUGUGACAGGAUGUUGGGAAGCAACGACUUCCUGUCAAGCCUGAGAGCGGAGCACAUCGACCUGCUCCUGGUAGACCCCAGUGAAAUGUGUGGCUUUGCGCUGGCACACUUUAUUACUGCACCGUCUGCCGUCGUCUCCCCUGGACACUGGUACCCAGCGGAGAUUGGUGCCCCAUCACCCGUGAGCUGGGUCCCAGAGUUCGAUUCCGGCACCACAGAUCGCCCGGGGUUCCUCCAGCGGCUGUGGAAUGCUCUGGUGUACGUCAGAGGCCAGGCGGACUUGCACUGGGGCGUCUUCCCCGAGCUGGAGGCCGUGAUGGCAAGGCAUACUGGGAACAAUGGGUCCUCCCAGCUUAAGAGCAUGUCCGACCUCAUCACACAGACUGGCUUCUUCCUGCUAAACCUGGAUAUCUCCCUGGACUUCCCACGCCCCUCCCUGCCCAAUGUGGAGUUCAUGGGGGGGAUUCUCACCCGACCUGCACGCACCCUGCCGCAGGAGUGGCGUUCCUGGGUGGAAGGUGCCGAGGCGGGUGUGGCCUUGGUUUCAUUUGGGACAGGAGUCCUCAAACUCCCACGACCCCUGGCAGAGAAGAUGGCCUCUGCUUUCUCCCGGCUGCCUCAGAGAGUCAUUUGGAGUUACAAUGGGAAAACCCCUGCCAGUCUGGGCAGUAACACUCGCAUCAAGAACUGGGUCCCUCAGAAUGAUUUCCUUGGUCAUCCAAAUGUACUGGCCUUUGUGAGUGACUGCACUCUCAAUGGAGUUUAUGAGGCCAUUUUCCAUGGGGUGCCCAUGGUGUGUAUCCCGGUGUUUGGUGACCAGCACGACGUAGCCACCCAUGUCCAGGCCAAAGGAUUUGGCCUUUAUCUGGACUUGGCUGCUCUGACUGAGGACAGUCUCAUCUCAGCAGUCCGAACAAUCCUGGACAAGCACAGCUAUAAGGAGAUGGCGGUUCGCCUCUCCAGGAUCCUCAGGGACCAAUGGGAGCACCCACUGAACAGGACAGUUUAUUGGCUGGAGUACCUCUUGAGGCACAGGGGGGCCCUGCACCUGCGGCCGGCCUCCUACGACAUCCCCGCCUAUCAGUACUACCUCCUGGACGUCCUCGCCUGCGUCGUCCUCGUCCCGCUGGCCGUCUUCUGCCUCCUCCACCGAGUCACGGCAAAGCACAGGCCGAGGCCUGCCAGAGUGUCCCCUUAUGCUGCGGCGAACAGGGGCCUGCACCCCUCUGCCCAGCUGCUAAACGGACACACCAUGAGAGCGGGAAGGGCAGAGUAGUGUCUCAUGCUGGGGAGAUGUUUAUGUGCAGAGUAAUGAAUCUGCCACCAAGCAGAGGUGCAAAAUUAGAACAGCGUCUACAAAGACGUGCUUUAAAUGGCACCUAAGGUCAGCCGGUGUGAAAAUAAAUCCAGAGAAGGAUGGUUGGUUGGAAAUGCCAAGCAUUUAUAAAUCUGGUUCUGUGAAGAACUUUUACUUGGUAUGUGUGUUUGCUACAUCUGACAAGCGCAGUCAUGUGGGUUUAUUUUAUACUAUUAAUUCACUUUUUCCAUAAACAAUUGGAUUAAUUUCAAGCACCAUAUACAUGUAAAAUGACUGUGAGGUAAACCACUAAUAUG